AUGGAGGAAGUCACCUUUGUGCCGGCGAACGGGCACGCGCCCGCCCCGCUCUCUGCGGAUACCUACGCAUACUACCUCUCUGAUGCAGUCAACUACGGACCCGCGUCGCGGACCUUCCAUACGGUCACGACAUGGCCCGAGACCUUUGAGCCGCUUGCCGGGCGGCUGGUGGUCAUUCGUGACGAGACGACACGCAAGCGGACGCGGCCCAACCCAGACCGCGUUCCAUGGAAGUCGCCGCGCGGGUGGAAGCCGCUCAAGUCUGUGCGCAACCUUCCUGUUAUGGUCCAGUACCGCAACCGGUCUGACGGCGAGUACAAGUACCGGAUGUACUGCUUCCACCGCAGCGGGAAGCGCGACGAGACGGUGGUCCUCCUCCACGUGACCCACACCGAGACGUCGGACCGUUACGAGAUUGAGCAGCGCGCGCGCGAGAUGGGCGGCGAGACGGCCGGGAGCAGGGUGCAUCCUGAGGCGGCGGCGGCGGCGGCGGCGGCGGCAGCCGCUGAGGCCGAGCAGAGGGACGCUGCUGCUGCGGCGGCGGCGCAGCAAAUGCAGCCGCAGGGGACCGAGACGAUGGACGCCACUGCCAAGGGCGAGCCUUCGUUGGUCCCGGACGCAGUGCAGGGGAUGGACGCCGAGUCAGACGACGAGCUGCCGGACUACGAGGAGUCGAUGUACGCCUUCCCGCUAGGCCCUGCCGAGUGUGUCGACCGGGCUGAGGAGCUCGACCGCAACCUGGCGUCGAUUUCUGCGGCGCUCAACGGGACGUUUGUGCCGUCGCUGUCGCGGCGGGCAGUGCCCGCUCCGCCGGUUGGCCCGCUCAACCUUGCAAUGGCGCCGCUCGACAACGCAUCUGCUGACGGCUCGGGCAUGGCGCUCGAAUCGCCGGUGCACGCCACCAAUGCGCUUAAGGAUCUCGCGCUCUCGCUUUUCAAGGCGCGGCAAGCCAAGUCCGAGGCCAAGGCUUCAGGCCCCGUGCACGGGUCGGAGGCCAUGCCGAUGGACAUGGAGAUGGAAAUGGCGCCGCCGCUGACGCCGCCGUCAGCCUACGUGGCUUCGGCCUUUUCCUCGGCCGUCUUGCCCUCGUCAGAUGCGGUGUUCAAGGAGAGCUUCUCGCUUCCCUCGCCGCACGCGCCGCCGUCGUCCUCGCAGCUCCACUCGUUCUCACUCCGUCACGGCGUCAACCCCUCGCUCGCCAUCCCAGACCCGGCUUGGUCGCCAUACGGCGUGCCAGACUCGUACGGCUCGUCGUACUCGAUGAGCCAGCCGUACAAGCCGGUCGCCGCCGACCGCCUCCGCUGCUCGUUUGAGGUCUCGGCCGUUGACGAUGACAUGGAGGCCAUGGACGUGGUCAUGUCUCGCUAG